GUUUUGACGGGACCUUGUGAGAAUAUGAUAGUUGAAGGGCAACAGGGGAAUGUUAAUUUCCCAUGUCCAAAAAUAACUUUGCAGCGCCCGCUCGAGAAAAAGGCAAGCCCCACUCGAGAACACGUUUUCCAAAGUUUGUAAACGGCACGGCUGCAAUAAUCAGCCUGGUUGGAGGUUCCCAUGCUUGGCUGGAACCCCUGGUUGGAGCAACCUUAAGUUCAAUUCAAAAGAGCAUGGUCAAGUCCUAAUGACACUGGAAUGAGCAACUGGUUCAGCAGCUUUGCUGUUCAAGUCCUUGCCCAGGAGGUAGGCCCACAGUAAGCCAAGGCCGACCGGCCAGCUCCCUUUCCAAACUCUGACUGGGCUAGGCUAAGGCAUGACGAGUGUCUGUGGGGCCUGGCCGAAGCAGCUCGGUUGGAGCAGGCUAAAAGGCUUUGGCGCAGCAUGCUCUGGCUCCUGGCAACUGGCCGAAGCAGCCAGUGGCCUCGCCUGGCCGAAGCAGCCAAAGUACUCAGCAAACCCCACUUGGGAAGGCCGUGCUGCUGGUUGGAGUCCGGACAAUACUGGACAGCGAGUUAUCCUCCGACAGCCAGUUGGAUUGAUUGCGCUGUUCGGUGCGUUGGCCUCUUCUGCCACCGCAGCCUUCGCAGCGCUGGCGGCGCAGUCCAGCCUGUUCGGUGCGGGCGCUGGGGCUGUGACGGCUUGCUUUGUCGCUGGUCUCAGCACAGCGGACAUGCUCAAGAGACGCAAUUUGCUUGCAACUGAACCCGCUUCACGGCACCGUAGGACGAAGUGACGGGACAAAGAAUCCCGAUGCAACCAGGCUGACUGGUUCAGAAACGGCUUUGCUAGAAGGUACAGCAGCAAACAUAAAGUAAUUAC